AUGGCGGCACCUCCGCCGCCCGAUAUUGGAGCCGAUGCCUUCCAAUACUCCACAGAAUCUGACUACCAAAUGGGAUUCGCAUCCGCUGAAAAUGGUGUCCCCGCCGAAAGCACCGGCGAAAGCAGCUUCGUUCCCCGCCCCAAGCGCAUCGCAUGUGUCGUCUGCCGGAGGAGGAAAUUAAGGUGUGAUGGGAGACGGCCGAGCUGUGGGACAUGUUCAAGGCUGGGACAUGAAUGCGCCUAUGAUGAGGUGCGCAAGAAGAGUGGACCAAAGCGGGGAUAUGUGAAGCAGCUUGAAGCACGAUUAGCCCAAGUAGAGACGCUCCUGAAAGGCCAGGAUCCAGAACCUAUCCAACGAACCUCCCCGCCGCAAAUGUUGGAUAAUGCAUUCACAGCACAUCCCGCCGACGAUUCCAUACUGGCUUUGCCUGACAUGUCAAACCUGGGAGGAUUGGGAAGCGAUAUGGAUAACUCGUUCCCGGCCUCGACUGCUCCCGGCGCAGUCCAACCGAGUCAUAUGUUAUUUCCUCCACCGCACGCGACCCAAGGUGGCAACUCUCAAUGGGAUUUGAUCAGUCUAGGGCUGGAAGAGCCUCUUCCUUCGCGAGAUGUAAUUGAGGAAUUGGAUGCUCUAUUCUUUGAAAAGAUAUAUCCAAUGAUGCCUAUCAUCCACCGCCCUCGGUACUAUGCAGCUUUAGAUCUCGCCCCUAAUAUGCGGCCACCGGUAUGUCUGCGAUACAUCAUGUGGUGUCAUGCUGCUUCUGUGAGCGACAAAUACUUCUUUUUGCACAAUCAUUUCUAUCUUCGGGCGCGCAAGUAUGCCGAAAACGACGAAAUGAAAGGAUUCGGAGAAAAUAUCGUUAGUCUGGCACAUUGCCAAGCAUGGGUAUUCAUCGGCACAUAUGAAUUCCGAAUGAUUUAUUUCCCACGCGCGUGGCUGAGCGUUGGCAAAGCUGCAAGACUGGCAUUGAUGCUGGGAUUGAAUCGAUUGGAUGGUGCUGGCCUCGAUGUCAAACAAUCCAUUCUGCCACCAAGAGAUUGGACAGAGCGCGAGGAAAGAAGGAGGGUGUUCUGGGGGACAUUUGCCACGGAUAGAUAUGCAAGUGUUGGAACUGGGUGGCCUAUUCUCAUCGACGAGAACGAUAUCAUGACAAACCUCCCAGCCUCCGAAGAAUCCUUCUUGAAGAGCAAACCACAGCGAACACUUCGUCUGAGUGACAUCAUCGCCGGCGAGGGCGUCUCUACUUUAGCUCCGUUCGCAUGCGUGAUAGUUUUGACAAGUCUUUUUGGCCGCAACCUUGUUCACAUUCAUCGACCUCAACCUCAUGACAAUGACCAUGAUCUUAAUGGGGAGUUUUGGAAGCGACACAGGAGCCAUGAUAACAUUCUUUUGCACAUUUCGCUAUCCUUGCCCGAUCAUCUUCGACUACCUGGUGGCAUGUCAGAUGUCAACGUCAUUUUUGCCAACAUGAGUAUUCAUACUUCAACUAUUUGUCUUCACCAAGCCGCAAUUUUCAAGGCUGAAAAGAACAAGAUGCCGAAUCAGAUAACGACAGAGAGCAAGCGCAGAUGUCUUGUGGCUGCAAAUCAAAUUUCGAGUAUCAUGAAGAUGAUCAGUCAUGUUGAUUUGACGAGCUUGAACCCCUUCAUGUCAUUUUGUUUGUACAUUGCCGCUCGUGUUUUCGUGCAAUACCUCAAAUCCAGGCCAGAGGACUCAAGUGUUCAUUCUUCACUGCAGUUCCUAGUUUCCGCACUAAAUGCCUUGAAGAACAAAAACCCAUUGACUGAGUCCUUCCUAGUUCAGUUGGAUGUUGACCUCGAUGGGACUGGCAUCCGCGCUCUGGAUGAAAAACAAACAACCAAAAAUCCUGCACAUUCGAUGCUCCAAAACUACUGCACUGAUAAUAUCGAGUGUACUCCCGUUUAUAACCUUCGUCAAACGCGAGGGCCUCCGACGGAAGAGCCUCAGACUGGUGCAAAUCGCGCUGCCUACCAACAGCCUGCACCUGCUGGUAUAGCGACCUCACUUCCUAGUAGGUACAAAGCGUCAGCGGCGCAGUCUGCUGGAGGACCAUCCUUCCACAGCGAUGACACGCGAAACACUUUCGGUCAAAAUAUGGAACAGCACGGCUCUGCGGCCAUUGUCGAGAUGGAUAUGGACUUUUCGCCUGAUUUUGGAAACCUCAGUGAUAGAAAUAACCCACCAUCAGAUCAUGCCACUCCCUCAACCUUGAACUCUUCUUCCAACACAUCCUACGGUGACGACACUCCACUUGGAACAAAGCAACAAAAGUCAAGCUCAAAUUAUUCUAGUCAGGGAUCGGGUCUUCCCUUGGAUAAACUCAGCUCUCUGCAAAUGCCACCCGGAGGUUCAAAUUCACAAGACGCUGGUAUGAACUCGAUUGGCGGUCGCUUUUAUACAAGCAGUUCUGGCAGCCCGUCAAUGCUCACGGAAGCAUCAAACACAUUUUCUAUGCCCUCCGCAUGGGAGAUUCCAAAUCAAACCCCUGGAAUGGGCAAUGCGAAUCUAGGUACCCUCAACGUGGAGUCUUUCAGCGAGUCCCAAUGGGCACAAAUCUUGGGGUCUCAAAUUUUGGGUGAAAAUGGAGCAAACGCCGGCUGGGAGAAUUGGCAGCCAUCAUGA